AUGGCAGAAAAACAUUCGUUGAUAACGAUUCCCCCUGAAAUCAACAGACUAAUAUUAGAACUGUUGUCGUCGCAUGACUUUAUGGCCCUGCGCCAUACAUCGAGAGAUUUUUACCGAUACUUUGCAUCACAGGAUAUCUCUCACUUCGCCCACAAGUUAUUUUUCCCGCUAUCGAGCGAGUCAAAAAAGGCACAGCGUACCAGAUAUGACUUUGAUUAUGCCUAUGAGAGAUCUCAAAGAUGGAAAGAAGGUCGCCCGUCUAAUGUAACGAUUAUCAACGAGGUCGCAGAUGGGUCUGCGAGUUUAUCGAACGGGUUUCUAGUGGAUACUGAGAAUAGCUUGUUAGCCUAUCAACGAGCUCGUGCGAUAGUAGUCCUUAAGGACUUACAAUGUACCGACGACAGCACAGACGUUAUAAUUGACCUUGAGAAGUUAGCCAGCCCAUGCAUGGGCACACGCAACGAGGGCAUAUUUUUAAAAGACGGCGAGAGUGUACGAAUAGCAGCGAACCGAGGGAUGCUAUUAUGUGUUGGUGAAGCUCAUAUUCAUCCGUCGAGAAAUGAAGGGUUCCAAGGCCCAUCUGGAAAGAGUCCAUCAAUAUUUUCCUCAAUUUGGAAUUGGACAAAUCCUCCUCCUCGCACAACCAUUCCGCCACGUCAAUUCUUUGAACAUCCCCACUCAGCUUGUGCUGUUUUUUCAACAAAAAAGGAAGAUCGUGGAAGGUUGAUAGCAUCUUGGUUUGAACGCGACUCGUUCAUCUGGAUGGUCGCUGUAAACGAAUUUUAUGCGUUAGCAGAGUUCGAUUUGGUAGAACAGAGGUUGGAAGGGUAUAUCUACCCAACUGCGGAUCAUCCCCCCCAAAAGAUUAAAGAUACUUUGAAAGGAGAUGGGAAACACGAUGGACACCAUUUUACCAUCAAGAAAAAGUCACUUUAUCCGCCACUAAGCACCUUUUCAAUUGCAGCGGAUACUUGUGGGAAAGCUUUUUACCUGGGAUUCCUGCCACCAAGUGCUGAACGACGACCUGUGGUGGAGGUACAUGCAGUCCCACAAUAUGAUCCUUCCACCAAAUCAUGGUCACCAUGCACUGUCAUUAAACGCAUUACUUUGCGCAGUCUUGGUCGUCACGCCGGUGAGCUGAACGGCAGCACACUAAAUUCAUCAUUUUGGAUCAAUUUUGAUUCAGGAACCACAGCCAAGGAAUUGAAAGGACCAAAGAUGGUGCCAUCAGGAUCUUUUGUAAGGGACCCCGAUGAGGAUGUUGUAAGGAUUCGCAUGACGGGGGAUUUAUAUAUCCCGGGCAUCACGGAGCCAGACGAACAAGUUAGCAUGGUAACCUGGGACAUCACUGCUCGAGCUUCUCCUCAUAAGCCAUCCACAAUCACUGAAUGGCGUUCAGGGAAAGAAUGGGAUAUUGACCCAGAAAGCGAAAUUGACCUUGAUUCCAUUUCCCUCUACAAAAAUGCAGAGGGUAAGGUUGAUUUCGAGGAACUAUACCCGAGUCCCACAUAUUACACAAGAUACCGGAGGCGUGAAGCGUUCAUGACAGAGUUGAGCACUAUCCCACGUACAGUUGAUUUCGACUGCAUGAUGGCAAACAACGAGAUUGGGGUGAUGCAGUCACUGUUUUGGGUAAAAGACAGUGAUAACAAGAACAAAUCCGCGUGUGCAGUAUACGGUUCAAUGGAACAAGGAACUCUCGUGCGAGAUCCCAAACCAGAUAACCCUGAUAACAGCGGUAUAACGGUAUUUACACCGCAUCACGAAUCUGUUGAAUUCCCACUAGAUCCCGGUAGGAACGAUAAAGAUUUUAUACCCGCGGGAAUCCACAUGAAGGCAAAGUACAAGGUUACCUUGGAUGUCGGGAGGAAGGUUACUAUCCGCAAAACUGCCAAACCUGUACCCACAACCACUCCUACGCCUCCACCAUCUCCCAAGAAGAAAUCCAGGUUUUUCGGGAAAAUAUGGACCGAUUAUAUCUACCAGCAUCGUGCCAAUCGUGCUAAUAACCGCAUUGCCGCCACUGGUGUCAUUGCUACGGAUACUAUCGACGGUGUUAGUUCCAAUUCAAGCGAGACCGUGGUUAACAAUACCUCGGCCUUCAUCAGUGUGGAUCUGCCCUUCCCAGGGAUGGAAGAACAUCGGGACAAGAUUCUGACCAUGAUGGAUCAUGGGGAUAAGAGAUACUGGGUAUAUGGAAAGGAGGCAGAGACCAUCGAUAAAGGGAUGCCAUCAGAGACGAGAGUAGGAGACAAGAUAGUGAUUGCCAGGUUUGACUAA